UUAGCGCGCGGGCAACACGAUCACAUCGCUCAUUUUGAAUCAUUGAUCGCAGUCGUUAGAUUCAAUCUGACACCUGACGCGUCAAGGCGACUUUUCGUCUGUUUAUCAAUACUUUUAUCCUAAAUAUCAGGGGAAAAAAUAAAAAAAAAUAUUUAAAAAACAUAAAACCCUAUGCUGUUUGUGGAAAAUUCCAAUUAUUUUUAUUACUCAACCGUAACGACCAGCUUCAAUUGUGAUAAAAUAAAGUGGGCUUCCCAAUUCUGUUUUAACUUGGUUAAAUAACAAUCUGUUCUUAGGCCAAUCGCCAUGAGUAAAAAUGGACACAGCAAUACGGCGUUUGUCAGCGAUCAUGUGGACAACAUUAAGCAGCCGAGUAGCAACCAAUACUCGCUGGAGCUCGCUGAGAAGGGUGGCAACAACAACAUCAAGUCGUCCAAAAAUCCCGACUACAAUCCCUACGAGCAUCGCGAGGUGCCGCAUCCAACAACCAAUUGGGAAACAUUAUUUCAUCUGCUGAAGGGCUCUCUGGGCACAGGUAUUUUGGCCAUGCCAAAUGCCUUCCGGAAUUCCGGUUACGUAACGGGUUCCAUAGGCACCAUUAUGAUCGGUUUUAUAUGCACUUACUGCAUACAUCAGCUCGUUAAGGCCGAGCUUGAGCUGUGCCGGCGCAAGAAGAUGCCCAGUAUGAACUACCCAGCUGUGGCGGAGAAUGCGCUCAGCGAAGGUCCCUCAUUCUUUAAGGCAUGUGCCCCAUACAUUGGUACCGUAGUGAAUGUAUUUCUGCUGAUCUACCAGCUGGGCACCUGCUGUGUCUAUGUUGUCUUUGUUGCGUCUAACAUCAAGUCCAUUGUGGAUGCCGUCUAUGAGACGAAUGUAGAUGUGCGUCUGUGCAUGAUCAUCAUUUUGAUACCGUUGAUACUUAUUAACUGGGUGCGACAGCUCAAGUACCUGGCACCAUUCUCCACGCUGGCCAAUUUCAUUACUAUGAUAUCCUUUGCGAUUAUCUGCUACUAUAUAUUCCGUGACCCCGUUUCAACUGAGGGCAGGGAUGCCAUUGGCAAGUUGGAGAAUUUUCCGCUGUUCUUUGGAACUGUUCUAUUCGCACUGGAGGCCAUUGGUGUCAUUUUACCGCUAGAGAAUGAGAUGAAAAAUCCACACAAAUUUGGCGGUUCCUGUGGUGUUCUGAACGUGUCUAUGAUAAUGAUUGUAUUCCUGUAUGUGGGCAUGGGCUUAUUUGGAUAUCUCAACUAUGGUGCCGGCGUGCUGGGCUCCAUCACCUUAAAUCUGCCGGAACAUGAAAUUCCGGCUCAGUGCGUCAAGGGCAUGCUAGCGUUUGCCAUCUACAUCACACACGGCUUGGCCUGCUAUGUGGCUAUUGACAUCACCUGGAAUGAUUAUGUGGGCAAGAAACUGGGCCCGCAGCGCAAUAAACUAUUCUGGGAGUAUGCGGUACGCACGGGUCUUGUGCUGAUCACUUUUCUUCUGGCCGUGGCUAUACCCAAUCUGGAGCUAUUCAUUUCGCUCUUUGGCGCUCUGUGCUUAUCGGCUCUGGGACUGGCUUUUCCAGCUCUGAUUCAGAUCUGCACACAUUGGUACCAGACCACUGGUAUCAGCAAGGGCUGGCUGCUUUUGAGCAACUUUGUGCUGAUUAUUGUUGGCAUUCUCGGCCUGGUAAUUGGCACGUAUACCUCCCUCAAGGAAAUUGUCCUCACAUUUACAGAGUAAUUUGUUAUUUUUUUACAAUUGUUUUUUUUUUUCUUUCCUUUUUGCCACGC